CACCCACUCUGCUCCCUCCAGCGCAGGAUUGUAAUCACUUCCAACUUUUUUGAACCCAACAAUUUUUCUUUUUAAAAAAAAAAAAUGUUUUUUGGGCUUCAUUUUUUUGACUUCAAAAUUUACUAUAUGGGAUUUUGCGUCUGUCUCUUCUUCUCUUCACUCUUGACAAUGAGGCUCCUCUAGCAGAAAACCCAUAAAUCGUAUUCUCUUCCAUUCCUGAUCAUCAGCAGAUUAAAAGAUGGAGCGGGCUAGAUUUAAUACAAGGAAUCGAUGUUCUGGUUCGACCCCAUCGGAGGAAUCAGCAUUGGACCUCGAGAGGAACUGUUGCAACAACUCUAAUUUUCCUUCUUUAAGUCCGCCAACACUUCAGCCCUUUGCGUCGGGUGGACAGCAUUGCGAGAGCAAUGCUGCUUACUUCUCAUGGCCAACCCGAUUCAACAAUGAUGCAGAAGAGAGGGCGAACUAUUUCGCGAAUCUACAGAAGGGGGUCCUGCCCGAAACUCUUGGACGGUUGCCAAAAGGUCAGCAAGCGACCUCAUUGCUUGAACUCAUGACUAUAAGGGCAUUUCAUAGCAAGAUCUUGCGCUGUUACAGCCUGGGAACAGCAAUCGGGUUUCGCAUUCGUCGGGGCGUGUUGACAGACAUCCCGGCUAUUCUUGUCUUUGUUUCGAGAAAAGUGCACAAGCAAUGGCUCAGCCCCAUUCAGUGUCUUCCAACUGCCCUAGAGGGUCCGGGAGGUGUGUGGUGUGAUGUGGAUGUUGUAGAGUUUUCAUAUUUUGGUGCCCCUGAGCCUGCUCCCAAAGAACAGUUAUACACAGAGAUUGUAGAUGACUUGCGUGGUGGUGAUCCAUGUAUUGGCUCAGGUUCUCAGGUGGCGAGCCAGGAGACAUACGGAACUUUGGGGGCCAUUGUGAGAAGCCAAACAGGCAAUCGACAAGUUGGUUUUCUCACAAAUCGGCAUGUCGCGGUUGACUUAGAUUACCCAAACCAGAAGAUGUUUCACCCUCUGCCUCCAACACUCGGACCUGGAGUGUAUCUUGGCGCAGUUGAGAGAGCUACCUCCUUUAUCACUGAUGAGCUUUGGUAUGGCAUCUUCGCUGGAAUAAACCCAGAGACAUUUGUGAGGGCAGAUGGUGCGUUCAUUCCUUUUGCCGAUGAUUUCGACAUGUCGACUGUUACUACAUCCGUAAGAGGUGUGGGAGAGAUAGGUCUUGUCAAAAUAAUAGACCUGCAAUCUCCAAUCAGUAGCCUCAUUGGGAAGCAUGUGAUGAAGGUUGGAAGAAGUUCUGGAUUGACUACCGGAACCGUCUUAGCCUACGCCCUCGAGUACAACGACGAAAAAGGCAUCUGCUUCCUAACUGAUUUUCUUGUUGUGGGUGAGAACCAGCAGACAUUUGAUCUUGAAGGAGAUAGUGGGAGUCUCAUAAUACUAAAAGGUGAGAAUGGUGAGAAGCCAAGGCCAAUUGGGAUCAUAUGGGGUGGAACUGCUAACCGAGGGCGGCUCAAAUUGAAAAUCGGCCAACCUCCAGAGAAUUGGACAAGUGGAGUUGACCUCGGCCGGCUUCUAAAUCUACUCGAGCUCGACCUCAUCACAACCGAUGAAGGGCUUAAAGUGGCAGUGCAAGAGCAGAGGGCUGCCUCAGCAACAGCAAUCGGAUCUACGGUUGGUGAUUCCUCGACCCCGGAUGGAAUCCUUCCAAAAGAGAAAGCUGAGGAGAAGUUUGAGUCAUUGGGUCUCCAAAUCCAGCACAUUCCUUUAGAAGUCGAACCUAGCAGCCCUGCUAGGAAUCCAUUCCUUGCGGAAACAAAGUUUAACCUGGAAGAAGAUGCGCCCGAGGCACUCCCCAAUGUCGAACAUCAGUUCAUUCCGAGCUUCAUCAGGCGUUCCCCGCUGCAUCAGAACAGCCUGAAGGAAAGAGCAGCUUCUGAGAAUCUUUCUUCGUUAAGAAAUGGCUGCGGCGAAGAUAUCUUCGUGUCGUUGCAUCUGGGGGACAAUGAGGCUAAGAGGAGGCGUUCAGAUGCUUCCACUAGCACUGAAGAACAACCAAAAUGAGUUUUGCAUAUUUGUGGUUUGAGCUUGGGGGAACUAACCCC